AUGGCUACCCCUAGUGUCCUCGCUUUUGACGCUGAGGGUCGGGCCAUUGACUUUGAAGUCUGGAUAGAUGACCUGCAGCUUUUCUUACAGUGCGAUAGGGCAGACGGCCUCUCCCUCUUUGACCUCACUUCUGGUGCCUCUCCUGCCCCCGCUGCUGAUGCUGACGCCACUGUUCGCUCACAGUGGGCCACGCGCGAUGCUGCUGCACGUCUUGCUGUGCGUCGCCACCUACCUACCUCUGAGCGUGCGCACUUUAGCCAGUACAAGAGUGCUCAGACCUUGUACGACGCUGUAGUUGCACGCUACUCCUCCCCUGCCACUGCUGCACUGAGCCGCCUCAUGCUACCGUACCUCUUCCCUGACCUUGCUGCCUUUCCCACAGUCGCUGACCUCAUUACGCACCUCCGCACUAGUGACACUCGCUACCGCGCUGCGCUUCCUGCUGAGUUCUGCGCCAAGAACCCCCCCCCCAUGUACAUCACCCUCUACUACAUAGUCACCCGUCUCCCUGACUCCCUUCGCGUAGUCAGGGACCACUUCCUCUCGGUUUGCCCCACCACUCUCACCGUUGACCUCCUCGAGAAGGCCCUCCUAGCAGCAGAAAAGAGCAUAGUCGCUGUAGGAGCCUCUCGUGUCGGUUGGGGCAGCGUCUACCCCUAG